AGUUGUAAGCAAUCACAUGUGCCGCUUUAAGCAAAGGUUAGGUACGUAGCGCACAUAUAUAGAAGUGUUAUCAUGAAUGAAAUUUUAGAGAAUAAUUUCAAUGAGAAUUUUCUGAAAUUGGAAAACGAUGUUAAAAAUGCAUCGUUUAUUGCCAUCGACGCAGAAUUUACGGGAAUACAGUCAGGUGAAGAUUUCAAGUAUAGCCUUUUCGAUACAGUUGAUAUCCGAUAUCAAAAUAUAAAGAACAACAUUCAGCCAUUUGUUAUAAUUCAAUGUGGUAUUGCAACAUUUCAACAUGUACCCAGGGAAAAUAGAUACAACGUACAGUGCUACAGUUUCUAUUUGAUGCCAAGAUCUGUACCAUACAAUAACAGACAAUUCUCGUGGCAAGUGGCUGCUCUAGAAUUUCUUUCUGCAAAUAAGUUUGACUUUGGCAAAUUUGCAAACUCAGGAAUAUCGUAUCUUGAUGAGAUAGAUGAAAAGCUACUAAAACAACAUUUGGAUGAAGGUAAUUUGUCCAAAAACAUGGAACAUUUAUCAUAUGAAGAAGAAGAUGACUUCAAAGACUGUAAAAAUAAAGUUUUCAAUUGGUUAAAACGUUCUCCAAACCAAGUCUCGUUGGAGAUAAAAACAGCCUCUCCUAUUUUACAAUAUAUGGUACACAGAGAAUUGAGGAGUAGUUUUAAUAACAUUUGGACAGUGUCAGGAUGUAAAUCAGUAACAGUUUUAAGAGUAUCAAAAGACAUUCGUUCAGUUUUAGAAAAAGAAGAAGGUGGUUUACUGGAAAAAGGAUUGUUAGAUUGCUAUAUAGGAUUCUCUAAAGUAUUUAAGCUAUUGACUAAUGCAAAGAAGCCAAUCGUAGGACAUAAUGUAUUUCUGGACUUAAUGUUUAUACAUAAACAGUUCUAUAGACCAUUGCCAAAUAAAUAUAUAGAAUUCAAAAAUAAUAUCCAUACAUUGUUUCCACAAAUAUAUGAUACAAAAUUCAUGAGUAUUGAAUUGAAGAAAGUAUUGAAUAAAAAUGCAAAUUGGAAAAUAAAUUCAUUGAGCCAUAUAUACGAAUAUUUUACAUUGUAUCGUGGGAAAUAUUGUAUAGUCAAUUCACCAACUGUACAGCUUGAAAAUGAUUCUUUAAACGAACAUUUUUAUCAUAAUGCAGGAUGGGAUGCGUACUAUGCUGGGUACAUAUUUAUAAAGAUGGGAUUCUUAUUUACCGUAGGGAAAUAUGGAAAGGGUUUAGCAGACAGGACGGUGACACAUACUGAAUUAAUGAGUGCCAUAAAAGAUUUUGCAAACUCCAUAAAUGUAAUAAGAGGCAACGAAACGUACUUGAAACUAGAUGGAGAUGAUCCAUCGUUAACGAGGUCAGAAUGGCUUCACGUGAAGUUAAAAUCGCCAUCUUUGGAUAUAAAAGAGGUAGCCGUACAACUUUCAUCUUUUGGACCUGUGGAUGUGAUGCCUUUCGCUCGGAAACGUGUCUUAGUAGCUGUCGCGAACCAUAGGAGCGCGCUGGACAUAUUGAACCAUUUCAAGAACAACACGGAAUUGCAAGUGGCGCGAUACAACCCUAUAAGGCACGCUCCUCCGAGUAGGGUCUUUUUAUGGAGCGGAAUCGUCUUAUCCGGUGGGAUGAUCGCCUGGAUGAUGCAUCGCAUAUUCAAGAAGUCCGUGGCGCCAAACUGAUCGGACAGGGUUGUGCAAUACCGUUCGUUCAGAACGUCACGACGGGGCAAGUGUGGAUAAAUUUUCGAUUGCUCUCUAUCGGGCGUCAGUAGUAUCGAUUACAUACGUCGAGGGAAUAGACAAAGUGGAAAAAAGUCAAGUUGCGAGCGACAGUGAAGUAUUAGCGCCGAGAUGACGAAAUGAACCCGUUUUAUCUCGGAAUGUUUUUGAUACCAGCGUACGAUAAGCGAACACACCAUUGUAAAGAAAAACGAAUGAAAAGGAUAAGAAAGAAAAGCAAA